GGCCGGGAAGCUGCGCCGCCGAGCUCCGGGUGCGGUCUGAGAAGGUUGGGAGUGACUGGCAGUGGGAGGCGGAGAAACACCCCAGACCCGGUUUGUCUAGUCACAACCCCGGCCUUAAAGCACCCGGAGCGCAGGUGCGCGGCUCCACAGGACAAGCGGCUCGGGCUCAGGGAGCACGCGCACCGGAGAAGCACCAAGAGCAGUGCCUGAUCCCUAGGGGGACCCAGUGAGCACUUCUUGUUGUCACACAGCACUGCCCCUCCUGCACAUCCCACCAACAUGCCUGCGUUGGGACACACGUACCCCUUCUAUGCUGGCCCCAAGCCAACUUUCCCAAUGGACACCACCUUGGCCGUCAUCGUCACCAUCUUUCUGACUGCCCUGGUCACUUUCAUCGUCAUCCUGCCUGGCAUUCGGGGCAAGAUGAGGCUGUUCUGGCUGCUGCGGGUGGUGACCAGCUUAUUCAUCGGGGCGGCCAUCCUGGCCGUGAAUUUCAGUUCCGAGUGGUCUGUGGGCCAGGUCGGCACCAACACCACAUACAAGGCCUUCAGUUCCAAGUGGAUCAGCGCAGACGUUGGGCUGCAGGUCGGACUGGGAGGAGUCAACAUCACGCUCACAGGGACCCCAGUGCAGCAACUGAAUGAAACCAUCGACUACAAUGAGGAGUUCACCUGGCGCCUGGGCGAGAGCUAUGCUGCGGAGUAUGCAAAGGCCCUGGAGAAGGGGCUGCCGGACCCCGUGCUUGUCCUGGCGGAGAAGUUCACCCCACAGAGCCCGUGCGGCCUGCACCACCAGUACCGCCUGGCAGGACACUACGCCUCAGCCACACUGUGGGUGGCCUUCCUCUGCUGGCUGCUGGCCAACGUGAUGCUGUGCAUGCCUGUGCUGGUCUACGGGGGCUACAUGCUGCUGGCCACAGGCACCUUCCAGCUGCUGGCACUGCUCUGCUUCUCCAUGGCCUCUUCGUCCCCACACUGUCCCCUGCACCUGGGCACUGCUGUACUGCACAUCCACCACGGGCCUGCCUUCUGGGCCACACUGAGCACAGGACUGCUGUGUGUGCUGCUGGGCCUGCUCAUGGUGGUGGCCCACAGGAUGCAGCCCCACAGGCUGAAGACCUUCUUCAACCAGAGUGCAGACGAGGGGCACAAGCUGGAGCGGAGUCCUGAGGAAGGGGGACUUCUGAGCCCCCGCUACCGGUCCAUAGCCGAGAGCCCCGAGUCCCAGGACAUUCCUCUAUCGGAGGCUUCCUCAGAGGGAUGCUGCAGGGAGGAGCACCCUGACUGUUCGUUGUAACGCUCCUGUCCUUGGCCGCCACCCGGACUCCCAGGCCCACUGCAGACUUCCUCGGAGCCCUGUGAGACCACCAGACCACCAGAACUGCCCUCAGGCCCCCAGCUCCAACUGUAGGUGGAGUAGAAAAAGGAGGCUAAAAACAAAAGACCACUCCCAUGGCCUAGUGGUUUAGGGAGCCUGAUCCCACGUAGCCCACUGAGUGGUUGGACUCCUGGCCCUAGCAGCUUCAAAAGCACAUGUGUGUGUGUGUGUAAGAGCCUGUCAGUGUGGAGGGAUGAGGAGGGGACUGCAGCGAGACCACGCCCCACCGGAAGUGUGUUCUCCCUCUCCCACUGUCUUUCUCUGACAAAUGCACGUGCCUCCUUGCAAAUAAAUUAAAAAACAAAAAACAACCAAAAGCCCCAAGGUGCUGAAGAGAUGUUCGGCCUGCCUAUAAACCUGAUGCCAUGGUAAGACCAAGCAGGGCUGCUUCUCUCUGUACAGCAGCCCUGCCUUUCCUUGACACUUUUUGCCCUUUCAUGGUACCAUCCACUGCACCCCAACUUCACACACAUAUUUGGGGAGCAGAAAGGCUACAGUAAGAUUCUCCUACGGUCCCUCUCGUCCAUCAGCACCUCUUGUGGUCUGCUUUGUUGGGCCCCUGUGUUCUCUCUUUACUCCCGGGCUUGUGUGACCUCUCAGGACAAUGAACGGCAGUGCUGGAAGGGAGAAGAGACCAAACUUCUCAUCCCAAGUCUAACGUUAACCAUCUGUGCCACAUUCGC